GUGAGGAAGCGCGGUCAGCGCAAGUGGGCCAGCGUGCUCUUUCAUGCUGCAAGCUCCGCUCUUGCUGCUUGGCCAGAGAACGGUGAGCGUCGGCGAGUCGGGAACGCUGCGGCUCGUGCACGUGUCGGACGCGCACUACCACCCGUUCGCCACAGCCUGCGAAGACGUGCCGCGAGGCGCCGGUCCUUGCACGCACAGGAACACGACGCAGUUCCUCGCCUCGGUGCUGCACGUUGAGCGGCCGGACCUGGUCGCAUUCACUGGCGAUGUCAUCGACGGCGACUCUUCUCCACCGCAGCUCGCAAUGGCGCAGCUGUACGGCGUGGCCGGCGCGCGGCCUUGGGCCGCCUCGCUCGGCAACCACGACGAGGAGUCGACGCUGAGCCGCGACGAGGUGCUCGCGUACGUCACGACGCUGCGCGGCUCGCUGACCGAGCACGGGCCGGUGAAGGGAUCGCCGGGCAACUUUUACCUCGACGUCGUCGCGGCGGGCGCGGCGGCGGCGGGCGAGGCGGCGAUGCCGGCGCAUGUGGCCGCGCCAGACGCGCGGCGUGCGGUGGACGGGGAGAAGGGUGCGCCCGAGCUCAACGCCUCCGGGCGGUCUGAGCCGAGCAAAGAGGGCGAGGCGGCGGGCGGCAAGUUGGUGGUUGCGCGGCUCGUCUUUUUCGACAGCCGGAAGGACCACGUGCGGCAGAUGAUCAGCGACGCCCAGCUCGCCUGGUUUGUCGAGACGGUGGGCUCCUUGCCGCGCGUGCCGACGCUGGCCUUCUACCACAUUCCGCUGCACGAGUACGAGGCCGAGAGGCCCCGAGAUUGCCCGAGAUCGCGAUGAGCCGAGAGACUCGCCGAGCUUGACCGAGAUCGAGGCGUGCCGAGAUUUGCCGAGAUUUAUCGAGCUCGAGACUCGGCGGCGGUCGCUGUGAGGACGCCCGAGAUCGCCCGAGAUUGCCGUAGAUCGCCCGAGAUCGCCCGAGAUUCAGGCGGCGGUCGCUGCGGGGGUGCCAAUGUCGGGCGAGAAGCGCGAGCCGGUCUGCAGCGACGGGCCGAACCCGCGCGUCUUCCCCGCGCUCAAGGAGGGGGGCGUCGUCGCCGGCUUUUGCGGCCACGACCCGCUCAAACGCCUCUCUGAGUUCGGAGCGGCUGUGCCUCACCAGUCCUCCUUGUUGAGAAGUGUAGGCCACGACCACACAAACGACUUUUGUGCCGCGUGGCAGGGGGUGCAGCUUUGCUACGAGGGGUCGCCCGGCUUCACCGCAUACGGCAGGUGCGACGACGGCGGGCGGAGCUGCUACAUGCGCCGCGCGCGCGUGACGGAGCUGCAGAUCGACGUGGGGCGGCGCCGCCUCGCCGCCGUGCGGACCUGGAAGCGAGUCGACGCCGGCGGCAGCGUCGCGGCGGCGGCGCGGCUCGACGACGAGUUGCUGUGGGCGUCUGCGAACCGGAGCGCCGGCUUGGUGGGCGCGCAGCGCACUGUGUGUGCCUCCCUCGACGUUGGCCCGCGGCGCGACCAGCCGCGCCGCCGCGCCCCUCCUCCCCACCAUUGGACGUUGUUUGAUUGAGACAGUGGCUUAGAAGAGAAUAGAGAUCUGAGUACUGAGAUGCGGCGCGUGCGCAGUCGAUUGGGAGAGUUCGAGAGAUUUUGAGAUUCUUCUCUUCGAUUGGUGGACCGCCGCUCAUAUUGGCAUGGCUGGGGAUAUUGCAGCUAGAAACAAACAGAGCCGCGUACACCGCUCAGAGAUAUUUUCAGAGACAGGGAGAGUUUCCCGAGAUCCCGUUGGCGGCGUUGCCGUUAUCUCAUAAAGCCGUAGUACUUCAUUCAUCAUGGGGCGGUUACACCCCGGCGUCCAGAACGAUGUAGCUCAUGAGUCAUGUGUGUAAAGCCGUACCACGGCUUUACGAAGUGGU